GUUGUGGUUGUUUCUGCUUCUGCGAUUGUGCAGCACGCAAGAAUCUCGAUUUUCGCGGGGUAGAACACAAAAGUUUUAACAUAUAUUAAAUCUUUGUUUCUAUAGUGUUUAUUACCUAAAUAUAUUUUUAAGUGUAAGCAAAGACUAAAGAGUAAGUUUUCUCUAACACAAACAUUAUUCACCACAAUAAAAUUUGGAAACAAUUGAAAUAGAAAUGGCAGACGCUUCGAAGGGUCGUGGUCGAGGCCUUGCUUUAAUCCAGGCGUUAAGAGCUCAAAGAUCGGAGGCACCUGGCCAGGAUGCGACACAGAAGAGCCCAGGUUCUAGUGAACCUUCUACCGCUGUUUCAAGCGUGGCUCCUAGUUAUGCAGCGAGUGAAGUAUCGAGUGUGGCGCCAAGUGCUGUUGGUUCAGCUGCGCCAUCUACAGUAGGUGGUAGGGGUAAAAUUGCUGCAAUGCUGAAUAAGAUGCAUCAAAAACCUGGUGGUCCUAGUGCAUCUGGACCAAUAAUAUGUCCAGCAUCUGAUGUAAGGCCUACACCAGGGCCUGGGCCUGGCCUCGGCAGAGGCAUUAAACUUUUGCAGCACUUGAAGGCAGCUCAAUCUUCUUCUUCUGUAGUGGGCAGUGGAGACAGCACAGUUCAAUCUGUCACUGAGCAAAUGGCAGCCAGCACAAUAGCUUCAAGUGUACCGUCUUCGAUUGGAAAGAAUAAAUAUUUCAGGGAAGUUAAAGAUACUCCACCAGUUGUGAAGAAGGGAGAGUCGGGUGUCCCGUGUGACGUGACGGCCAAUUUUAUAUAUCUCAAGUUUGAAGAGAAUAACGUGUUUGAAUAUGAAGUGAAGUACCAGCCUGAUCAAGAUCACAAGCAUCUGCGGUUCAAACUCCUUGGAGAACAUCGUCAUUUAUUCAAAGAAAAGACGUUUGAUGGGACAACUUUAUAUGUACCACACAGAUUGCCGAGUGAUACGAUGCAGUUAGAGUCCACUAAUCCUUAUGAUAACAGCAAAGUUAAUUUGACCAUAAUGUUUCGUCGUACGCGUCGACUAAGUGAAAUGAUACACAUAUACAAUCUACUGUUCAAGCACAUUAUGAACGAUUUAGAGCUGGUACGAUUUGGAAGACAACACUUCAACCAACACGCCGCUAUACAAAUUCCACAGUAUAAGUUGGAAGUUUGGCCAGGAUAUGUAACAGCAGUAGACGAAUACGAAGGAGGUCUAAUGUUGACAUUGGACUCUACGUCACGCGUGUUGAGAACACAGUCUGUGCUAUCUCUAAUAAAAGAAACGGCUCAGCAGGAGGGUGCUAAUUGGAAACGGGCACUAUCGGAGAAAUUAAUUAGUUGCUCUGUUAUGACGACGUAUAAUAAGAAAUUGUUCCGUGUGGACAGUAUUGAUGAUUCAAUGACACCAAAAUCAACGUUUGAAAAGAAGGAAAAGGGUGAAACAAUACAGAUAUCAUACAUUGACUAUUAUAAGAAGAAUUAUGGUAUUGAUAUCAUGGAUUGGGACCAGCCAAUGCUUAUAUCAAGGGAGUCAAAACGCGUUCCCGGUUCGGAAAAACCGAUAGAUUACAUGAUAUGCCUAGUGCCAGAGUUAUGCCAGCUCACAGGUCUAACUGACGACCAACGGAGUAACUUUAAACUGAUGAAGGAUGUAGCUACUUACACUCGAAUUACACCUAACCAACGUUACGCUGCUUUUAAAAAGUACAUAAGCAACGUACUAAACAACGAAACGGCCAAGAACCGUCUCAAAGGCUGGGGGUUAAGCCUGGCUCCAGAAACAAUAAACAUUGUAGCGAGGACCCUCCCACCGGAGACGCUUUACUUUGGCAAUAAUGUGAAAGUGCCGGGGAAACCAAAUGCAGAGUGGAACGCAGAGGUCACAAGGAACCCGGUUAUGCAAGCUGUGGAUAUCAAUAGCUGGGCCGUGCUAUAUACGGAUAGGGAUAAGAAUGUUACUAUGAACUUUGUAGACACAGUAAAGCGGAACUGUACACCAAUGGGCAUAAAAGUAGCCGAACCGAAUCUUGUUAGACUACCAAAUGAUCGUACAGAUGCCUACGUCAUGAGUUUGAAGAAGACCAUAACGUCUCAGUUACAAUUGGUCGUAGCGAUCUGUCCAACGAGCAGAGAUGAUAGAUAUGCAGCGAUAAAGAAGAUAUGCUGUGCUGAUAAUCCUGUAGCGUCUCAGGUGAUAAACGCGCGUACAAUAAUGAACAGUCAGAAGAUUCGCGCCAUUACCCAGAAGAUUCUGUUACAAAUUAACUGCAAACUGGGCGGUACUUUGUGGAGUAUCAGCAUUCCGUUUAAAAGUGCUAUGGUCAUUGGUAUCGAUUCGUACCACGAUCCCGCUAGGAAGAGACGCAGUGUCUGCUCGUUUGUAGCUUCGUACAACCAAUCUAUGACGCACUGGUAUUCCAGAGCUGUGUUCCAAGAAAGGGGUCAAGAAAUAGUGGACAAGCUGAAGGCCUGCUUGGUCGACUCUUUGAAACAUUUCCUGCGGGUCAAUGGACGCUUGCCGGAGAGGAUUAUUAUGUUUAGGGAUGGUGUAGGAGAUGGUCAGCUCAAAUUAAUCCAAGAUUAUGAGAUACCACAAAUGAAAGUGUGUUUCUCAAGCUUUGGUGAAGUGUAUGAACCAAUGCUUACAUACAUUGUGGUACAGAAGAGAAUUAACACGAGGAUCUUUAUGAAAUCACGUCAAGGAUUGGAAAACCCGCCGCCGGGAACUGUAGUAGAUCACGAUAUUACUAGACGGAAUUGGUACGAUUUCCUAAUAGUCUCCCAAAAGGUGAACCAAGGCACGGUCACACCAACCCACUACGUAGUGGUCCACGACGAUAGUCCAAUGACCCCGGAUCAAUGCCAACGGCUUACAUACAAAAUGUGCCAUUUGUAUUACAAUUGGCCCGGGACAGUACGAGUACCAGCCCCUUGCCAAUAUGCCCAUAGAUUGGCGUAUUUAGUAGGACAGAGUAUACACGAUACACCGUCUGAUGCUCUCGCGGAUAAGCUGUUUUUCUUAUAAUUACCAUUUACAACAUACUACAAAAAAGCCUGUCUAUAAUAUAUAGAUAUAUAAAGGACAUGUCUUACAAUUGGCCCGGGACAGUACGAGUUCCUUUCGCUUGCCAAUACGCACAU